UAUUUCUCUCUCACAAUCACCAUUUCUCACUGUCCGUCCCAUCGUGCUUUUCUCUCCUGCAGUUGAAUGGAUGCAUUUGUUCCCCUUAGCAAAUAUAACAUGGCUGUUUGUGUUUAGCUCUCAUGGAUGGGAGAUGGAGUCAUAAGACCAGGCCUGCAGACACACACACACACACACACACACACACACUUUCCCAUGCAAGUCAUAUGAGUUAUACGGCUUAAUCAGAGAAAGUGAGAGUGAGUGAGUGAGAGAGGAGAAGAUUUGGAGAUGGAGGAUUUCCUGUGGAGAAUGCGGGUCUGGGCGUCUUUGAGCUUGAGGAGAUGUUGUUGGUGUUGUGGAGAUAAAAGAAAUGAAGUCAGAAGGGAAGAAAAAGAGGAAAUGUUUGAGAUGAGAGUGGAAGAGAUAACAGAAGAAAUUAAAACGGAAGAAAAACCAUCAAAAACUUGGAGUGUGUCCUCCCUCCCAGUCGCUGAGCUGGGUGAGCUGGACGGGGUGGAGAAACCACAGCCGCACUGGUUUCACACGCUGCAGGUGCGACGGCUCAGAGUUCAGAGGGGCCGCAGUAACAGCGAUCCUAUGGGAGGAAAGAGCUUCCAGCAAGAGUUCCAGUGGAAAACUGGCCUGCAGUUUGGGAAUGCAACAUCUUAUCUAAAUCUUGAAAAACUUGGAGAGGGCACAUAUGCCACAGUGUACAAAGGAAUUAGCAGGAUAAACGGUCAUCUUGUGGCUUUAAAGGUGAUUCACAUGAAAACUGAGGAAGGAAUUCCAUUCACAGCUAUUAGAGAAGCCUCCUUGUUAAAGGGCCUUAAACAUGCCAACAUCGUCUUGCUUCACGACAUCAUCCACACGCAAGAGUCUCUCACUUUUGUCUUUGAGUAUGUGCAAACAGAUUUGGCUCAAUACAUGAUUCAGCAUCCUGGCGGUCUUCACUCGUACAACAUUAGGCUCUUUAUGUUUCAGUUGCUGCGAGGAUUGUCUUACAUUCACAGCAGAAGAAUUCUGCAUCGAGACCUCAAACCUCAGAAUUUGCUCAUCAGUUAUUUGGGGGAGCUCAAAUUAGCCGAUUUUGGUCUGGCCCGAUCUAUGUCCAUACCAUGCCAAACAUACUCAGCCGAGGUCGUGACUUUAUGGUACCGCCCGCCAGAUGUUCUCAUGGGCUCCACUGAUUACUCCACAGCCCUGGACAUCUGGGGAGCUGGCUGCAUUUUUAUCGAGAUGCUACAGGGGUCACCAGCGUUUCCUGGAGUAGCUGAUGUCUUUGAGCAGCUGCUGAAGAUUUGGGCUGUCCUCGGGGUCCCGACCGAGGAGAGCUGGCCAGGUGUCAGUGAUCUGCCAAACUAUAAACCAGAGUGGUUCCUGCCCUGCAAGGCCCAGCAAUUUCGAGAUGUCUGGAAAAGACUCGCUCAGUUACCCUAUAAGACGGAGGAUCUGGCCCAGCAGAUGCUGAUGAUGAAUCCAAAGGACAGGAUUUCAGCCCAGGAUGCAUUGCUACACCCAUAUUUCAACACUCUUCCACCUCCGUUAAUGCAUCUAAGGGACACUGUGUCCAUCUUUAAGGUGCCGGGUGUGAGGUUAGAGGCGGAAACGAGGGAUAUCUUCAGCCCCAGCAGAUGAAUGAAAUCGCCUCUUGCUCCGCUGGCCAAGUGCUGGUGAAAGUCUCGCCUUUGUAAAUAGUUGGUGUGCUUGUAAAACCAAAACCUCACCAGCAUGAGUAAACGUGACCCUGUUGCAGCAUGACGGUCAGUUUGUAUGUUGUUUAUUCAGAUCUUAAUCAGCUUAAUUCAAUAUAUUUCUGAAAGAAUAUCAGAUUCUCUUUCAUAAGAUUCGUGUUUUUACAAUUUGGACCAGUAUUACCUAAAAAAAAGUUGUAUGGUUGAUCAUGACGAUCCAAGUCAAAGCUGAUUUCACCACUGUGUUUUCAUUCUAUAUUUUGAGAUCCAUAUCCAGCUUAUUUUUUAACAUAGGAGUGGGUGCAUCCAUUUGUGAAUGUGUGAUGCUUCCAGUGUCAUUUUAGCUGUACAAAAAUAGUCCUUUAUGCUGCUUGAUGUUGCAAAC